CCAUUUUCCUUCCAAAUUUAUGACUCUUCGUAUCCCCUUCCUGUUGAUUAUAUAACUCUCUUUGUCCAAAAUUCAUUGAACAUUAGACUUUAGCUGUAACUCAAAGCUCAUCAUCAGUACUGACUAUGGUUUCUUCUUCCUCUUCCUUCUGGGUUUUGUUAUUUUUCUUGCUUGUGGCUGGCCAAGCCUACUGUGGCUUGGGGCAGAGCGGAUUGGGUUCGAGAUUGAUGGCCAAGGAGGACCGAGCUUGGGUUUCUAAGAAUGGGACCUUUGCAUUCGGGUUCGUUCAGACGUCUGACUCGCAUGAUUACGAUCAGUAUCUAUUGGCUAUUUGGUUUGCAGAACUUCCGGGAGAUCGAACGCUGGUUUGGUCGGCUAAUAGAAACUCUCCCGUCGGCAAAGACGCGAUCUUGGAGCUGGACACCACCGGAAACCUCGUCCUCCUCAACGGCGCCACCACCGCCUGGGCCUCAAACACCUCCAGCCAAGGCGUCGAGGCGGCGGUCAUGUCGGAAACCGGCAACCUCAUUCUCUACGACGCCAACCAAACCAUCGCAUGGCAAAGCUUUUCACACCCUUCCGACACUCUCCUUCCUGGUCAGCCAUUAUCGGUCGCUCUGGAGCUUACUUCUCCAAAAUCGCCUUCCCACGGAGGCUAUUACUCCCUGACAAUGAUGCAACAACCCACUUCAUUAAGCCUAGCGCUGAGCUUUAACCUGCCGGAAUCCGAACCCUCGCCGGAUUCUUACAACAACUACUCCUACUGGUCGGGGCCGGACAUAUCCAACGUCACCGGCGAUGUUAUAGCCAUUUUAGACGAAGAGGGAAGCUUCGGAAUUGUCUACGGUUCAUCCUCAGACGGAGCUGUUUAUGUCUUCAAGAACGACGCCGACAAUGGCGGAUUAUCUUCAGCCGCAAACCGAUCAAUCCGGUCGUCCAUUCUCCGAAGGUUAACGCUGGAGACCAACGGAAAUCUGAGGCUAUACCGGUGGGAUAACGACGUUAACGGCUCUCGGCAGUGGGUGCCGGAAUGGGCGGCGGUGUCAAACCCUUGUAACAUCGCCGGAAUUUGUGGAAAUGGGAUUUGUAAUUUGGACAGAAGCAAGACGAACGCUUCGUGUACUUGCUUGCCAGGCUCUUCCAAAGCCGGAAAUGAGGUCCAAUGCUAUAUGAAUUCGUCCGUGACCGGAAAAUGCAGCCGUGGUCAUGAGAACUUGACGUCUCAGUUCAAGAUUGCAGCCGUUCAACAAACGAAUUACUACUUCUCUGAGUCAUCAGCGAUAGCCAAUUACAGUGACAUAGCCACAGUUUCGAAAUGUGGCGAUGCUUGUUUAUCAGAUUGUGAGUGCGUUGCUUCCAUCUCUGCCCUCAAUGAGGAGAAGCCUUAUUGCUGGAUCUUGAAGAGCUUGGAGUUUGGUGGAUUCGAGGACACGGGUUCGACCCUGUUCGUGAAGGUUGAAUCGAAUGGCUCACCGACAACAGAAGCCAAGACGAAAGGGUCUGAUGAGGAGGACACUUCAGGAGGGUCAGGGAAUGGCCAUGACAAAGUUGUGGUUCUUCCCAUUGUUCUGAGCAUGACUGUUCUUAUAGGCCUCCUCUGUUCCUUGUUGUACACCAGUGUUCAUAGAAGGAGAGCCUUGAAGAGAGCCAUUCAAAACUCCUUGCUUGUUUCUGGUGCUCCUGUGAAUUUCAGCUUCCGGGACUUGCAAUGCAAGACUAAUAAUUUCUCACACUUGCUUGGAACUGGCGGAUUUGGAAGUGUUUACAAGGGAAGCCUUGGAGAUGGGACUUUGAUUGCAGUGAAGAAACUUGACAGGGUUUUGCCUCAUGGAGAGAAGGAGUUUAUAACUGAAGUGAACACUAUUGGCUCAAUGCACCAUAUGAACUUAGUUCGCCUAUGUGGCUACUGUUCUGAGGGUUCUCAGCGGCUCUUAGUGUAUGAGUUCAUGAAGAAUGGAUCCUUGGACAAAUGGAUCUUUCUGUCGCACAACUGCAAGGACAGGCUGCUGGACUGGUCGACUCGGUUCCAGAUAGCCCUUGGAACUGCACAAGGGAUCGCCUAUUUUCAUGAGCAGUGCAGGGAUAGGAUCAUCCACUGUGAUAUUAAACCCGAAAACAUUCUGCUAGACGAGAACUUCUGUCCAAAGGUUUCGGAUUUUGGACUGGCUAAGCUGAUGGGAAGAGAACAUUCCCAUGUUGUCACAAUGGUGAGAGGAACCAGAGGCUAUUUGGCCCCUGAGUGGGUUAGUAAUCGGCCUAUAACUGUGAAGGCUGAUGUUUACAGCUAUGGGAUGCUUCUUUUCGAGAUCAUUGGUGGUCGAAGAAACCUGGACAUGACUUAUGAUGCCGAGGACUUCUUCUACCCCGGUUGGGCUUUUAAGGAGAUGAGAAAUGGGACACCAAUGAAAGUUGCUGACAGGAGGCUUGAAGGGGCAGUGGAAAAGAACGAGUUGAUGAGGGCUCUGAAAGUGGCUUUUUGGUGCAUACAAGAUGAGGUUUUCAUGAGACCUUCAAUGGGGGAAGUGGUGAAGAUGCUGGAAGGAUCAGUUGAGAUCAACCCGCCACCAAUGCCACAGACAGUUUUGGAGUUGAUAGAAGAAGGGUUGAGCCAUGUUUAUAAAGCCAUGAAGAGAGAAUUCAAUCAGUUGAGCUCUUGCACCAUCACUAGCCACCCAUCAGGGCCAUCAUCCCAUGCCACAUGUAGCUAUUCAACAAUGUCACCUAGAUGACACAAGUAACUGCCAGGCCUUCCGCCUUGAUACCAUUUGUUAGGGUAUUAGAAUUUAGAACUAUAGAGUUGGGUUCAAUCCUUGAUGGGUUGCACUAUAAAUUUUGCCUUUUCUAAGUAGAAAAUUUUUUGUAUUAAGAGAUUCUAUACAUUGAAACAAGCAGCUCUCCUAAAGGUUUGAGACUAUUUGUUAGACAUCCAAUUUGAUAUCACUUGUCAAGGAAUCGGUUCAACAAUCAUUAUUUUUUUUUUCUCUCUCUUUAUAGGUACAAAGAAUGUAAUCGGUUCGCAUAAAUACAAUAAAUGAGGAUUGUAUAUUCACUUAAUUCAAGCACCUUUUAAAGAAUUAAUUAGAACAAA